GCAAUAGUCGCAGCCCACUUGCGGCUUCUCGCUGUUGGCCUUCUCCUUCCUGCUUCUGCUGUAGGGUUUUGCAUUAGCUUCCGGACUUUGAAGAGAAACUAAAGCAGUGAAACUACAGGGACUGAGGCUAGAGUUGAGAAAACAGGUCAGAAAGAUAAACUGAUGGGCCCAAGCUAGAAGUGCAAGUAUCCUGAUGUUCAGGUCUAGAAGAGUGGGCAAGGCUUCAUUAUAGAAGAAACUUCCUUUCUGCAAUAUACAAUACGAAUAUCAAGGAGCUAGGCCGGUAUAAAAUCAGAGGAGGCCCGCCGCCCCGCCCGCAGUCUGCAGCCCCUACCUGGCAUCUCUCCUCCGUGCCAUCCAUCUAAGCCCCGAAUUUCUUUCAUCACGUUUGAAUAAAUCACUUAAAGAAAACUCAUAGCUCCAUUGCACCAUGUGCGGGAUUUGGGCCCUCUUUGGUAGUGAUGACUGCCUUUCAGUGCAGUGUCUGAGUGCUAUGAAGAUUGCACACAGGGGUCCAGAUGCAUUUCGUUUUGAGAAUGUCAAUGGAUACACCAACUGCUGCUUUGGAUUUCAUCGGUUGGCAGUGGUUGACCAGCUGUUUGGAAUGCAGCCAAUUCGAGUAAAGAAAUAUCCUUAUUUGUGGCUCUGUUACAACGGUGAAAUCUACAACCACAAGAAGAUGCAACAACAUUUUGAAUUUGAAUACCAGACCAAAGUGGAUGGUGAGAUAAUCCUUCAUCUAUACGACAAAGGAGGAAUUGAGCAAACAGUUUGUAUGUUGGAUGGGGUAUUUGCAUUUAUUUUACUGGAUACUGCCAAUAAGAAAGUGUUCCUGGGCAGAGAUACUUACGGAGUCAGGCCUUUGUUUAAAGCCAUGACAGAAGAUGGAUUUUUGGCCGUGUGUUCAGAAGCUAAAGGUCUUGUUAACCUGAAGCACUCCACGACUCCUUUUUUAAAAGUGGAGCCAUUUCUCCCGGGACACUAUGAAGUUUUGGAUUUAAAGCCAAAUGGCAAAGUGGCCUCCGUGGAAAUGGUUAAAUAUCAUCACUGUAGAGAUGAGCCUCUGCAUGCCCUCUACGACAAUGUGGAGAAACUCUUCCCAGGUUUUGAGAUAGAAACUGUGAAGAACAACCUCCGGAUCCUUUUUGAUAAUGCCAUUAAGAAACGCUUGAUGACAGACAGAAGGAUUGGCUGCCUUUUAUCAGGGGGCUUAGAUUCCAGUUUGGUUGCUGCCACCCUGUUAAAGCAGCUAAAAGAGGCCCGUGUUCAGUACCCUCUCCAGACGUUUGCAAUUGGCAUGGAAGACAGUACUGAUUUACUAGCUGCUAGAAAGGCAGUUCUUUUCUUUAAAUCACAAGUAUGUGGAUGUUUCUUAAAUAAUCAGGUGGCAAAUCACAUUGGGAGUGAACACCAUGAAGUCCUCUUUAAUUCUGAGGAAGGCAUUCAGGUCCUGGAUGAAGUCAUAUUUUCCUUGGAAACUUACGAUAUUACAACAGUUCGUGCUUCAGUAGGUAUGUACUUAGUUUCCAAGUACAUUCGGAAGAACACAGAUAGCGUGGUGAUCUUCUCCGGAGAAGGCUCAGAUGAGCUGACGCAGGGUUACAUAUAUUUUCACAAGGCUCCUUCUCCUGAAAAAGCUGAGGAGGAGAGUGAGAGGCUUCUGAAGGAACUCUACCUGUUCGACGUGCUGCGGGCAGAUCGCACCACUGCUGCCCACGGCCUUGAAUUGAGAGUCCCCUUCCUGGAUCAUCGAUUUUCUUCCUAUUACUUGUCUCUGCCCCCAGAUAUGAGAAUUCCCAAGAAUGGGAUAGAAAAACAUCUCCUGAGAGAGACCUUUGAGGACUCCAACCUGAUACCUAAAGACAUUCUCUGGCGGCCAAAAGAAGCCUUCAGUGAUGGAAUAACCUCGGUUAAGAAUUCCUGGUUUAGGAUUUUACAGGAAUAUAUUGAACAUCAGGUUGAUGACGCAAUGAUGGCAGUGGCGGCCCAAAAAUUUCCCUUCAACACUCCUAAAACUAAAGAGGGCUAUUACUACCGUCAAAUCUUCGAACGCCACUACCCGGGCCGGGCCGACUGGCUGACCCAUUACUGGAUGCCGAGGUGGAUCAACGCCACUGACCCUUCAGCCCGCACUCUGGCCCAUUACAAGGCCGCUGCCAAAGCCUAGGGCUGUCUGCGCAAGUCAGUGCAAGGAAACAUUCCUCUUGCAGAGAGCAGGGCCUGGGGGGCAGGAGGGGAGCGGUGAGCGUCAGCCACUCAGGCUCACUGGGCCUGAGAAAAAAUAAAAGUCUUAAAUCGGAA